AUGGAAUACAACUCUUCAGUCGAGGAUUUCCGAGAAUAUGAAUAUCCUAAUAUGGCCCAAGGGGCAUAUCUUGAUCAUGGGGGUGCCACGGUAUAUGCUCGAUCUGUUAUAACCGGCUUCUCCCAAGCAAUGAUAGGCAACCUCUGGGGCAACCCACAUUCUGAAAACCUCCCUGCAAAACUAUCGGGCGAUAUGGUGGAUAGUGUUCGUGCAAAGACACUCGAGCUUUUCGGUGCUGACCCAGAACACUUCGACCUUGUGUUUGUCGCCAACGCUACAGCAGGUAUUAAGCUAGUUGCUGACGCUUUUCGGGACCUUGGAGAGAACACGCCGACAAAGAGCUUCUGGUACGGAUAUCACAAGGAAGCUCACACCAGUAUCAUUGGUAUUCGGGCACUUACGUCAGGGGACAACCAUUGUUUCGAAGACGAUGAGGGUGUGGAAGAUUGGAUAUCGCGGCCUUUUAGCUGUCAUGCCCGAAGAGGAAAACCAACCAGCCUGGGCUUAUUCGCAUAUCCAGGCCAGUCGAAUCUUAGUGGUCGAAGAUUGCCCAAGAGCUGGCCAGGAAGGAUACGAAAAAGCCCUCAGCUGCGAAAUACCUACACCCUUUUCGAUGCAGCGGCGCUGGCUAUGACUGGCUCUCUCAGUUCGUUGUUCGAGGAUCCUUCAGAUGCGCCUGACUUCACUUGCCUAUCACUCUACAAAAUAUUUGGAUUUCCAGACCUCGGGGCUUUGGUGGUCAGGCGAUCAUCUGGUCAUAUACUAAGUUUACGCAGAUAUUUUGGUGGUGGAACAAUAACCCAACUGUCGCCGUUACAAGACAGGGUUAUGAAGAAAGUGCCUGGACUGGGGAAUCAGUAUAUGUCUUGGAAACUUCACGAAGGCCUGGAAGAUGGCACUCUGCCGUUUCAUAGCAUAUUAGCACUUGGCAUUGCCAUCGAUACGCACCUCAGGCUUUAUGGCUCUAUGGAUAUGAUAUCUCGACAUUGCUGCUACCUUGCCCGUUCUUUGUAUGAACUUUUAACGGGUUUGAAGCACCGAAAUGGAUCUCCUCUUAUCGAACUAUACGUGGACAAUCCCUUUAUGUACGGCGACCCUUCAGUCCAGGGACCUACAUUUGCUUUCAAUAUUCUAAGGGAGGAUGGUACUUAUGUACCUUGGCCAGAGGCCGAAAGACUCGCCAAUGACGCUGGAGUAUAUAUCCGAGCUGGAGGCGUCUGCUGCCCUGGUGGUGUUACUAAAGCCCUUGAGCUUGAGGAAUGGGAAUGGAAUCGCAUUUUUUCUAGUGGCCAUGCUUGCGGCUCGAGUGAAAUAGCAAUCAUACAUGAUAGACCAACCGGCAUCGUUCGCGCAAGUUUGGGUGCCAUGACCACCAAACGUGAUAUUCACGCCCUGAUUUCGUUCCUUCGCGAUGAGUUUGUCACUAAAAGCACAAAUGUUCCGCGAUUGCUGGGGACAUCGCAAGAGGUCCCUUUACGGGAGAAGUAUCCAUAUUUACUAAGUACAGCAUCUGAGAACGGAAACAUUAGGUAG